AUGAUAUUUGGUCCAGAAAACCUUUAUUUCCGUAUCUGCGGGAUUGUUCCAAUCGAAGGCUUUUACAGAUGUUUCUACUGUGUAAUCCCACUGGCAUUGACAUGUUUGGUCAUCGCAUCUCCACUCCUGAGAGACUACGGACUUCUCAUGCAUUAUUGGCUCGGAGUUCUCCCGCAGGCUCUGGGAAAUAUGGUACAUCUACUGAUGAUUCUUUUCGAUCCGGAAGAAUUUCGCUCUAUCCUGCAUGAUUUGAAUCUUGUCGACGACCAACUCCGGGAAAUGGGGGCUCUGAUCCAAUCUCCAAACCUGACCAAAACGAUGGCUGUAAUCAUUCUUUCGCAGCUGUUCGCACUCUUAAAGAGUCUUACCUUGUUGGCUGACAUGUUGGCUGAUUAUCCAAAUAUGAUCACUAUGUUCGUGAUAAUCAACGCGGCUUGGAACCAGCACCUGACAUUCGCUCAACUGAUUCACAGUAGGUUCUCGGCAUUGAACGAUCAGCUGACCAGGAUAGCAGCAUCAGCUGAUCAGACCUUGCUGCAGAUUGUCGAGACCCGCCUGGACUCUGUGUUCCGCGUCCACUCAACCCUCCACGUCAUCGUGUCCAACGUCAACUCUCACUUUUGUGUCUUCAACCUCCUAUUCGUCACCUCCUGUUUUUUUGAGGUGGUCUUUUAUUCGUACGAGACACUUGAUCAGAUGAUCAAUGACAAAGCGGUGGUCGAUAUGGAAUUAAAAGUCAUUGUAUACUUGUCAGUAAAUCUUGUGUGUCAGAUUGUCACAUGCCAUCUGUGCGCCAACGAGGCCAACAGAACCGCGGAGAUUGCCCAUCACAUUUUGCACAGAAACUCACCAUAUUCUCUCUGGGAAAAGAUCGGGAACUAUUCCCGUCUGACAAUUGACAACCCGGUUAAGUUCACAGUCGGUGGAAUCUUUACGUUCAACAUGGAACUUUUGACGAAGAUUGCAGCGAUGUCUUUCUCGUAUUUGGUGAUCAUCUUUCAACUGAAGGACGUUGAUCUGUUUGUGCCUAUGUCAACCAGUGUAAAUGCAACUGGGAGUUAA